AAAUGAAUAUUAAAAUAUAAUUUCUCGUAGCCCAAUAAGGCAGUAAAAAAAAUUAUUAAAAUUUUUAUUAAUAUCUUUGAAAAAUUUAUAUGUUAAACUAACAGUUCUCAAAGAAAUUAUAUUUAUUUUAAUUAAACUGCCAUUUUAUGAGGAAUAUAAUAUUUCCAAUUACCUUUACAAAUAAAUUUAUACAAAAUUUUUAAUUUAUAUUAAUAUAGCAUAUAAACUUACCAUCGGUAUAUUUCUAGCAUAAGAAUAACCACACGUAUAAAGAUAAACACAUAAGUAGUUUCAAUAUAUUUAUUUUAAGCAAUCUUUUUUAUUCGAAAAUGGUGUACUCAUACGACAGUACUCUUCCAAAAUUUAAAUUAUACCAAACUGUAGUUCACAGAUAUGGAACUAAUCGACCAGUCAUUUCAGUGACUUCCAGCCAAGGGUAUAUGCAAAAGUUCUUUGACAGUUCGGCCACUAACCUGAUUACUACCUAUAUUUUCUUGAUUUUGUUUUUAUCUUUGUGCUACAGAUUAAUUGAUAAGGCGUUUUUCCAAGGCCGAUUAAUAAACAGCAUCUUCAGUUUCGAUGAGGAAGAUUUAGACUCCAGAGUUGAAAAUGAAUCUGAUGAAAUCGAUUACAACAAAGCUGAUGAUGGGGAUUCAUACUACUAUGAUGCCUCAGAAGAAAACGAAAAAAAUGAAAAACAGGAACAAGUUGAAAAAGUAACUUUGGAAUCCCCAGAAAAUGUAGAACUCGAAAUGGACAUAGAAAAAUCUUAAGAAGAUACAAAAAGGUGGAUGGAUGGGAAAAUUAUUUUCACUGUUCUGAAAAAUAAUGAAAUUAUAAUAAUUAUGUGUUCUACAUUAUGUACACAUCAUGAAUACGAGUAGACCUAUUAAUGUUCUAAUUAAUAUAUCUUUUUU